CGAUUUGCAAGACUUCGCUACUCCAAUCCCCUCCCUAAACCUCCACUCCUCUUCUCCCGUGCUCCUCCUCCGUCGUCUUUACCGCCACAAGUUGUGGUAACCAGCCAUCAAGAUUUAAUAAUAAUAAUAAUGUCACAUGGUCAUCACCAGCCCUACGAUCCAUAUUACCAGCUGCCCCCAGCAGCAGCAGCGCCAGGAGGAGAGUGGAACAGCGGGAUAAACACUCUGUUCGUGUCGGGACUACCGGAUGACGUGAAGGCGCGUGAAAUUCAUAACAUCUUUCGGCGUCGCCCUGGCUUUGACUCUUGCCAGCUCAAGUACACCGGUCGCGGCAACCAGGUUGUUGCUUUUGCUACCUUUUUCAAUCACCAAUCAGCCAUUGCAGCUUUGCAUUCUUUGAAUGGAGUAAAAUUUGAUCCUCAAAGUGGAUCCACUCUGCAUAUUGAACUUGCCAGAUCAAACUCGAGGAGGAAACGUAAACCAGGUAGUGGAGCCUAUGUUGUCAUUGAUAAACGAACCAAAAAGCCAUCCGAUGCUCAUGAAACAUCAAGUGAUGAUGUUGAAAGCGACCCUGAAGAAGAUCCUGAAAUGAACAAUGUUGAUACUGCCUACCAGGGUGAUUCAGAAAAUGCAAAGAGUGAGGCAGCAAGUGAUCCUGAUAAUGCUGCAGUAGCAGUAAAUGAGAUAGGGGAGAGGACUGCAGAAGGAGGUGUCCGUCCUUGUUCCACUUUGUUUAUUGCAAAUCUAGGUCCAAAUUGCACUGAAGAUGAACUGAAGCAAGUUCUAUCACAAUAUCCUGGAUUUCACGUGCUCAAAAUUCGUGCAAAAGGUGGAAUGCCAGUUGCCUUUGCUGAUUUUGAGGAAAUUGAACAAGCCACUAAAGUCAUGGAGAAUCUUCAAGAAACCACUUUACCAUCAUCAGACAGAGGUGGCAUGCACAUAGAAUAUGCCAGGUCCAAAAUGAGGAAGCCAUAGCAGAGAACCCAAUCACUCACCCAAUCACUCAUCAGCUGGCUACUUUUUGAUUCUCCAGGGAACUAGUGGUUCUAUCUUCACUUAACAAUAUAUUGCAAACCAGAUUGGCCUUGUUUUUCUUAAUAUUGUAAAGUUCCUGAUGAUCCAUAGAGUGUUUCCCUCGUUUGGUUGUGUUCCUUAAUAUGCUUUUGAGUGAAUUUUUCUUUA